UGUUAUCGCGCAGUGGGUGGCUCCCGGGGCCUCGGAGCCCCUCAGGGGCCUCGCUUUCCCGGCGGCCGCGCAGCCCCGGCCCCGCCGCCAGGUGGAAGGAGACAGGGCUCCGGGCCGCCAGGGCAGCGCCAGACGCGCCGGGGGGUCCCCGAGGAGGGGCCAGCCCGGCCGAGGCGCGGCGAUGGAGGAGCCGCAGCGCGUCCGCUCGCAGACCGUCACCACCACUGCCAGCUCCUUCGCCGAGAACUUUUCCACCAGCAGCAGCAGCUUCGCCUACGACCGGGAGUUCCUCCGCACCCUGCCCGGGCUCCUCAUCGUGGCGGAGAUCGUUCUGGGACUGCUGGUGUGGACACUGAUCGCUGGAACUGAGUACUUCCGGGUCCCUGCAUUUGGCUGGGUCAUGUUCGUAGCUGUAUUUUACUGGGUCCUCACCGUCUUCUUCCUCAUCAUCUACAUAACAAUGACCUACACCAGGAUUCCCCAGGUGCCCUGGACAACGGUGGGUCUGUGCUUUAAUGGCAGUGCCUUCAUCUUAUACCUCUCAGCCGCUGUGGUGGACGCAUCUUCUGUCUCCCCCGAGAGAGACAGCCACAAUUUCAACAGCUGGGCAGCCUCAUCGUUCUUCGCCUUUUUGGUCACCAUCUGCUAUGCUGGAAACACAUAUUUCAGUUUUAUAGCUUGGAGAUCCAGGACCAUACAGUGAUUUGCCAUUUUGAGAAUUAAACAGGAGAAAGCAGGAAGAAUCUCACUAAAAAAACAGCAACAACAAACUGUAGGUAUAAUGUAUAUUUCCAGAGAAUUAUAUUUAACUAAUGUUUUUAUAUACUUAGUUAAAUUUGCUCACAGUGGUUUGUUACAAUUAAACUGGAUACUUAUUUGCAAAUUGUUGUAGCCAUAUAAUGAACUCUUAAAUAUCUUAUUCAUGUCUUCAUGGACCUUAUUUUCUUAGACAAUGUAUAAAUAGAUAAAUUGCUAAUGUUAAGACUGUGUCGAGUUUGUAAACCUCACUUUUAAAAUGCCAGAUUCUUUUCUGAUUAAAUGUUUCAAAAUCUUG